AUAUAGGUGGGAAACAGAUAGGUGGGAAACAGAUAGGUGGGAAACAGAUAGGUGGGAAACAUAUAGGUGGGAAACAGAUAGGUGGGAAACAGAUAGGUGGGAAGGCAUACAGGAUAUCGACAAUUUCUUAACGCGCAAUUUCCCUCAAUGCAUAAUUGAAACACUUCGACCACUAACUACAUUUUUAUUCAACACUGUAGAGCCCCUCUGACUUUCUCCACCAAUGGCUUUUGAGAACGAGGCGUGGCAAGAGGACGGGAGUCAAGGACAUGCAAAAAUAUUUAUGCCUAUAACCCAUCCUCUAAAACUGUGUUUCCCAACCCUAGUCCUCCAGUACCCACUCCAGAACACAUUUUCAUUGUAGCCCUGGACAGACGCGCCUCAUUCAACUCAUUGAGGAUUUGAUGAUUAGUUGACAAGUUGAAUCAGGUGUGAUUGUCCAGGCUUACAAUGAAAAUGUGUACUGUUGGGGAACUGGAGGAACAGGGUUGGGAACCACAGCUCUCGAAGAGCAGCUAUAUUCUAAGGAAUGGUAGAGCCAAGCAACCUAAGCAAAUAUACUUUUAUGAAUGACAGAUGAGACAUUUAUAUAUCACUAUUUUGACAGGUUCUAAUGUACGGAAGAGUAUCAAAUCAAAUUGUAUUUUUCACAUGCUUUGUAAACAACAGGUGUAGACUAACAAUUAAAUGAUUACUUUAUGGCCCUUCCCAAUAAUGCAGAGAGAAGAUUUUUGAAAUUAUACAAAUAAUAAUAACACCAGGAAUAAAUACACAAUGAGUAACGAUAACUUGGCUGUGUACACAGUACCAAGUCGAUGUGCAGGGGUACGAGGUAAUAACAUGGCUAUAUACACAGGGUACCAGUACCAAGUCGAUGUGCAGGGGUACGAGGUAAUAACAUGGCUAUAUACACAGGGUACCAGUACCAAGUCGAUGUGCAGGGGUACGAGGUAAUAACAUGGCUAUAUACACAGGGUACCAGUACCAAGUCGAUGUACCGGGUGUACGAGGUCAUUUAGAUAUGUACAUAUUGGAUAAAGUGACUAGGCAACAGGAUAGAUAAUAAACAUUAGCAGCAGUGUAUUUGAUGAGUCAAACGAGUUUGUGCUAAAAGCGUCCAUGCAGAUAGUCUGGGUAGCUAUUUGGUUAACUACACUACAUGGCCACAAAUUUGUGGACACCCCAUCAAAUUAAUGGAUUUGGGCUAUUUUAGCCACAUCCGUUGCUGACAGGUGUAAAAAAAUGUAGCACCCCGCCAUGCAAUCUCCAUAGACAAACAUUGUCAGUAGAAUGGCUCAUACUCAAGGGCUCAGUGGCUUUCAAGGUGGCAGCGUCAUAGGAUGCUACCUUUUCAACAUGUCAGUUCGUCAAAUUCCGGCCCUGGUAGAGCUGCCCUGGUCAACUGUAAGUGCUGUUAUCGUCAAAUGUAAAAGUCUAGGAGCAACAACGGCUCUGCCACGAAGUGGUAGCUCACACAAGCUUACAGAACGGGACCGCAGAGUGCUGAAGCGCGUAGUGGGUAAAAAUCAUCUGUCUUCAGUUGCAACACACACUACCGAGUUCCAAACUGCCUCUGGAAGCAACAUCAGCACAAUAACUGUUCGUAGUGAGCUUCAUGAAAUGGGUUUUCAUGGCCGAGCCACUGCACACAAGCCUAAGAUCACCAUGCACAAUGCCAAGCAUCGGCUGGAGUUGUGUAAAGCUCGCUGUCAUUGACGGAGUGAUGAAUCACGCGUCACCAUCUGGCAGUCCAACGGAUGAAUCUGGGUUUGGUGGAUGCCAGGAGACCACUACCUGCCCCAAUGCAUAGUGCCAACUGUCAAGUUUGGUGGAUGAGGAAUAUUGGUCUGGGGCUGUUUUUCAUGGUUCGGGCUAGGCCCCUUAGUUCCAGUGAAGGGAAAUUGUAAUGCUACAUAAUUCUGUAUAUAAUUCUGUGCCUUCCCAGAAGAGUGGAGAAUGUUAUAGCAGCAAAGGGUGGACCAACUCCAUAUUAAUGCCCAUGAUUUUGGAAUGAGAUGUUUGAGGAGCAGGUGUCCACAUACUUCUGGUCAUGUAGUGUAUUUCAUCCAAGUCCUUGUGGUGAGAUACACACUGUAGGUAGAGACAGUUGAGUUGUGUGUGUAGCAGUCUUAUGGCUUGGGGGUAGAAGCUUUCAGGGUCCUUUGGUUUCAGACUUGGUGCAUCGAUACUGCUUGCAGUGCGGUAGCAGAGAGAACAGUCUAUUUUAACAGAAUAGUACUCAGUUGUCUUUGACAAUUUUUAGGGCCUUCCUCUGUCACCGCCGGAAAUAGAGGUCCUGGGUGGCAGGGAGCUCUGCCCCACGCACGAUUUUGAUUUUUAAUGAAAUUGUCAAAACACAAUUUCGAGAAUACAGUAGCAAUCUUUCGAGAAUAGAGUAGCAAUCUUUCGAGAAUAGAGUAGCAAUCUUUCGAGAACAAUCUUUCUAGAACAGAGUAGCAAUCUUUCGAGAAUAGAGUAGCAAUCUUUCGAGAAUAGAGUGGCAAUCUUUCGAGAAUAGAGUAGCAAUCUUUCGAGAAUAGAGUAGUAAUCUUUCGAGAAUAGAGUAGCAAUCUUUCGAGAAUAGAGUAGCGAUCUUUCGAGAAUAGAGUAGGAAUCUUUCGAGAAUAGAGUAGCAAUCUUUCGAGAAUAGAGUAGCAAUCUUUUGAGAAUAGAGUAGCAAUCUUUCUAGAAUAGAGUAGCAAUCUUUCGAGAAUAGAGUAGCAAUCUUUCGAGCAUAGAGUGGCAAUCUUUCGAGAAUAGAGUAGCAAUCUUUCGAGAAUAGAGUGGCAAUCUUUCGAGAAUAGAGUGACAAUCUUUCGAGAAUAGAGUAGCAAUCUUUCGAGAACAGAGUGACAAUCUUUCGAGAAUAGAGUGACAAUCUUCGAGCAUCAAGGCGUGGUUAUAUUUCAAAAUGAAAGUGUGUAUUGGGUUAUUGAAAUGGGUCACUGUUGAAAUGCCUGAGUUAGAUGACACAUAAUAACCAGAUGAUUAAUAACUAUUAAGACCUGGAAGAGGUUGUGCCACAGAUUGAGUGUUUCCAGAAGGAGGAACCACACGGACAUGGAUGAGGUAUUUCAUCCAAGUCCGUGUGGAGACGGGCGGGUUGUGUGUGUUUGCAGGUGUGUGUGUGUGUGGGCGGUAAAAAGUUUUGUGCAAAACAAACAAAUGGCCACCAAUCUAAUGAUCUAAUACACUCUUUCAAAGAGGCGUCACUGCGCACUAAUGCUUAUCAAUCACUCGCACACACAAAAUCACGAUCUUGGCACUGUCACUGAAUGCAAAGACAACUGUGAUCUGAGUCCCUGUCCUUAUGCCCUCAGAAUUUGCUUCGACGUUCUGCUGCGUAGCCUAGGCAAAAACUUCGGUGCUCAAUGGCAACUGUUAAAGCGACCAUUGUGCUUUACUAACAGUAGUAUUCCCCCCGUAUGGCAACUAUCCUUCUCACAAAUGUCGGCAAGUAGGACACGUGAGCAGCACCCCAAAUAAAACGAAUUAUUUUGGAAUCCUGGAGACCGGGAAUGUGUAUGUCCCAUGUCAAGCUGCUCUCUAAAUUAGCUACAACACUGCUAUUUUGCAGCCCAUUAUAAACCUAUAGCGGCCCACUCGAUUGAGUACCCUAGCCUGUAGGCCUGUAGGCUAAUCGUGCGUUAAUGUGGGCUAGUGAAAGUAAAUUAUAGGCCUAUCCAACGGCUGCGGGAGGCAUAAACCAUGAAGAAGGGGUUUUACACCAAGUGUCUGUAGGACGAGAUGCAACUCAUUGCCCACUCCUGCACGCGCAAACCAGCUAAUCUGAGGCACUGUUUGAAUAUAUUCAAGGAAUGGAUUCUCCCUUUCUUAAAAUAAUCAUUGAUCUAAAUAUAAGCCUAUUAGAUAGACGAUGAUAGGCUAUGUGCUAUAAAGAAAUAAUCACUGAUCUGACAUGGUCAGAUGGUAGCCUAGGGUUUCCAUCCGUGCUUCUCUACAGGGACCCGCAAUCCUUUCCCCCACAAUCCGUGACCUACAUUCACAAGAUAAUAAACCUAGGCCUAUGAGGCUAUAUCAUUUAAAGUGUAGUUUACAUAAAACAUUCAUGCUAUUGCUCACAAAUGUGUAAAUUAACCUUUCGUUUCAACAUAUAGGCUGCUGGCCAAGCUGUUAUUAUAGUAUAGUAUGCAUGGUGUUGGCAUAUGCAGGGGAUUGAGGACAACUUUAUAGCGAAUUUGAAGGGCACCAUGACCUGGACUGAUGCAUGCACCUCUUCGUGUCUGGCAACGCACCAUGGCCGUUCGGUAGAAUGGUAUUGCCUUGGCGAUAUCGUUUUGUGUGUCACACACACGCACACUUGCAUACACACACACAACCCACUCUCUACCUAUGUAUUGUAUGUAACCACACGGACUUGUGUGGUUCCUCCGGUCCUAAUACUUAUAAUAAUAUUAUUAUGAUGUGCUAGAGGAGAAAGGAUUCCGUUGUUACUAAAGCCAAUUCUAAAGUAUAGUUUCACCAGGUCAUGUAACUCAGGUAUUAUACGCGCACAGCAACAGGGAGCCAGGGAGGCUUGCAGUUAACCACAUCCCCUGUAUAAAUAUAAAUAUGAAUAUAAAUAUAACUGCGACUUUAUUCUCAAAAUGUCAACUUAAUUCCCAAAAUGUUGACUUUAUUCUCGAAACUACAUUUUAAUUUUAUUCUCAAAAUAUUGACACUUCAUUCUCGAAAUCAUCAAAAACCAACACCCAUCAGCGUUUAUUGAAUGUUUAUCUUCACUUGGCCCGAAUACUCUUCCAUACAAAUAUGACCAUGUUGAUCUACCAAUCUAACCUCUAUUUUCUUCUUCUCCCAUUUAGUCAAGUUGUGGUCGAGAGCCCUGUACGACCACUGCGGUCUCUGGUGCAGCUGUGUUUCAUCUUCCUCCUCUUCCUGUCCACGGUCAUCGUGAUCAUCCUCUUAGGUUUUCCUGACAGAUUCUCCCAGACAGACUGGUGGACAAACCUAUCACUGUACACAUACUACCAUAGAUGGACCAACCCCGACCGCCACCGUGGACCAUCCCCAACCACCAUUCCCCCAACCACAGUACCAGCCCCACCCUCAACCACCAUACGUCCGCUACCAACCAAUCACAACCACUUGGGCUACCCUCGUAACUACCACUUCAUCGUAGACGAACCGGACAAGUGUAAUACCCAGGCCCCGUUCCUGGUGCUGAUAGUCCCCGUGGCGCCCGGUAACCUGGCCGCCAGGGAUGCCAUCCGCAGGACGUGGGGUAAUGAGACCCUGGUGCAGGGGAAGAAGGUACAGACGCUAUUCAUGCUAGGACUUCCUGGAGGACCAGUUGCCCAGGAGCUGCAGGAGAAGGUGAACCAGGAGAGCCAAGUGCAUCAUGAUCUACUCCAGAGCAACUUCCUGGACUCUUACCUCAACCUCACCAUUAAGACCAUGGUGAUUAUGGACUGGCUGGCCACCCACUGCACCAAUGCCACCUACGCCAUGAAGAUUGACUCAGACAUGUUCCUCAACGUAGAGAACCUGAUGACUAUGUUGCUGAGACCGGACGUCCCCAAGGUGAACUACCUGACGGGGAUGCUGAUGUGGGAUCGCCCGGUCAUCCGGAACCCCAACUCUAAAUGGUAUGUUCCGGUGGAGAUGUUAGCCGACGACCGAUACCCGACCUACACACUUGGUAUGGGAUACGUGUUCUCCAACGACCUGCCGGAGAGGUUCGUGGCGGUAUCCAAGGACAUCAAGCUUUUUAAUAUAGAAGACGCCUAUGUUGGCGCCUGUAUGAAGAAACUGGGCCUCUCGCCCACAAACUCACCAGAUCCUUGGCAAUGGAAGGCCUAUCUCGGCAAGUACAAUCGCUGUGAAUUUUCCAAAGUCAUCACCUAUAUUUUGAGCCGCUCGUCCCAGAUUGUGGAAUACUGGAUGGACCUGAAGAAGACACCUGGUUCACCCUGUCACUGACCUAGUGUCCAUUUGGUAUUUUUCAUCCUAAUGGUCGAGUCUCAGUCUAGGUAGCCAAACAGAUAUAUAUACCUGUAUAUAUCGAUGAAAGAAACACAGCUGUAGCUCUGCCACCUUCCACCUCAGAUGUGGAAGGCUGACAUCAGCGCAUGUGGUGGAUUGAGAUGCAGCCCAUGCAAUAAAACAGAUUGAGAUGCAGCCCAUGCAAUAAAACAGAUAUCUCUAGCUUAAACAGACCGUUUCUGAUGGGAAUUUUUAUGUUACGCUUAUUCAAUUUCCGCGCGGACAUUGACUCUGGUACUAGUACUAAGAUUCAGGGACUCUAUCAGUGAAAGGUUGCUAGUUCAAAUCCCCUAACAGACAAGGUGAAAAAUAUCUGUCGAUGUGCCCUUGAGCAAGGCACUUAACCCUAAUUUCUUCAAUGUUGAUAAUGACUGACCUUGGCUGUAACCCCAUUCUUGGGGGGUGUGAGAUAUGCAAAAAAAAGGCACCUGGGGCACCUUGUUAAGACUCAAUUACCCAUAAUGACAUUGGGUAGGGUAGGAAAUAAAGAUGGGUGGUGGUGGGGCUGGUCGGGAUGAUGAAGUUAGGUCAUUGAGUAGUUCUGAACUUGUAAUGACUGUCGGAAUGUGAUAUCUUACUUUCAAAGUCUUAAUUUACAAUGGUGGAACAUACUUUGCAAAGGGAUCCUUUGUGAUUUUGUGAUCCCGAAUCUCAGGAAUCCAAACAAAUCCAGACAGAUAGGAGGAUGGGAUCAGCAUCUGUCUAGUCUCUUGUGAUAGAUUAACACUUUCACAGGCCAAAACUUACACAAGAUUUGUCUCUGUUCACACAAGAUUAGUCUCUGUUCACACAAGAUUAGUCUCUGUUCACACAAGAUUUGUCUCUGCCCACACGAGAUUUGUCUCUGUGUUACAUGAUCAUCUGUCUGCCAAAUUCCAUGGUGUUGUGACACCAUUCGGGUGACGGAGUUCUAGAAACCAGUUGGGUAACCUGUAAGAAACACAAAAGCCAUCCAUUAUGAAUGAUUCAGUCUCUAACUCUCAAAAACAAUUGAAAGGAAGAUUAUUCUGUACAUAAAAAAAAUAGUUUUGCCAAGAUGUAUUUGCUUAGUGAAUUAACAGUAGCCCGUAGGCCUAGACCUUGCCCAAACCAAGUAGACCGAUAUAACAGUAUCAAAUAUAUAACAGCAUAAGAUAUUUAUUUUACUGGGUGAGUUCUUUUUCAAUUCAGCGACAUCUACAUUAAUAAUUAAGUUACAUAUAUUGUUCAACAAAGCCUCUUUUUAUAUCGGCAUCGGUAUAUUAAGUCACACAUUAUGUUACACAAAGCUUCUCUCAUCAUGUUUGCUUAGCAUGACACUGAUAAAAUGCUGUUUGACUUCUAUGUACGUAUUGCACAAUUAAUUUAUUUGCAGAACAGUUGACUAAAACCUGGACAAGAAUAAGGUGUGUUCCAUUGUCAAUGAAAGGAGUUCUGUUCUGUUCCAUUGUCAACGAAAGGAGUUCUGUUCUGUUCCAUUGUCAACGAAAGGAGUUCUGUUCUGUUCCAUUGUCAACGAAAGGAGUUCUGUUCUGUUCCAUUGUCAACGAAAGGAGUUAUGUUCUGUUGUCAACUUCCACAACGAAAGGAGUUCUGUUCUGUUCCAUUGUCAAUGAAAGGAGUUCUGUUCUGUUCCAUUGUCAAUGAAAGGAGUUCUGUUCUGUUCUCAACUUUCACAAUGAAAGGAGUUACAUUUACAUUACAUUUAAGUCAUUUAGCAGACGCUCUUAUCCAGAGCGACUUACAAAUUGGUGCAUUCACCUUAUGACAUCCAGUGGAACAGCCACUUUACAAUAGUGCAUCUAAAUCUUUUAAGGGGGGGGGGGAUUACUUUAUCCUAUCCUAGGUAUUCUUUAAAGAGGUGGGGUUUCAGGUGUCUCCGGAAGGUGGUGAUUGACUCCGCUGUCCUGGCGUCGUGAGGGAGUGUGUUCCACCAUUGGGGAGCCAGAGCAGCGAACAGUUUUGACUGGGCUGAGCGGGAACUGUACUUCCUCAGUGGUAGGGAGGCGAGCAGGCCAGAGGUGGAUGAACGCAGUGCCCUUGUUUGGGUGUAGGGACUGAUCAGAGCCUGGAGGUACUGAGGUGCCGUUCCCCUCACAGCUCCGUAGGCAAGCACCAUGGUCUUGUAGCGGAUGCGAGCUUCAACUGGAAGCCAGUGGAGAGUUCUGUUCUUUUCCAUUGUCAACGAAAGGAGUUCUGUUCUGUUCUCAACUUUCACAAUGAAAGGAGUUCUGUUCUGUUGUCAACUUCCACAAUGAAAGGAGGAGUCCAUUAUUCUCAAUGUCUGAUGACUGGUGUAACAAAAUAAGAUGAUAUGAGUAAUGAGUAAUUAGGAAGGUAAUGCAGAAGGCUGCAGCCCUGGAAAGCUAUGAAUCACAGAAGGCUUGUGAGGGGAGGAUGGCUCAUAAUAAUGGCUGGAAUGAAGGGAAUUGUAUCAACCACAUGGAAAAAAUGAGUUUGAUACCAUUCCAUUUAUUCCGUUCCAGCCAUAUGAGCCUGUCCUCCCCGAUUUAGGUGCAACCAGCCACCAAGGCUAUGAAUAUGAUGUGACAUGUGUGUCUAUGUUCUUUGUUAAGGACAUCAUCGUUGUGACAAUAUGAACAAUGAUGAUAUCAUACAUUUAAAGUUCUUUGAGAUUAUUUAUGUUAUGAAAAGCACAAUAAAAGUUCAAUAAAUUCUUUGUAUUAUUACUAUCAUAAUCAUUGACAUGGUGAAUGCAUUGCAGUUGACAACAGGGAUCUUUAAAAAGAAGAGAGACAUGGUUUAACUGUCAGAGAUUUGUCUCGUAGAAGAAAGGCUCUGUCGAAAUGUUGACAAUAAAGGCUACUUAAUACUCUGUU